AUGGCCCCAAAUGUUGGCUUUCCUUUGCAACAAUCUAUAACAGCUUGUAUCUAUCAGAACCCAACCUCAAGACCUCCUCUAGAGAUCGAUUACGACGCGCUACAAAUUUCACUUGGAACUAUGCAGAGUACGACGCUGGACUCGCAAAAUUUCUGGCCGUAUCUACUUCAAUUGGCUCGUUCGAAUUCAACAAUCCACAGGCGAUUCAAGUUUCAAUCAAAUCACAUCGAUGAAUGCCCGGAUUCCAAACGACCUUCUCCUGAUUAUCUGCUACUGUGUGCUGUGGGUCGAGGAGAUGUGGACUUUGAUGAUGAGUUCAUCAACGAGGCGUGGUCUGCACUGCUGGACGGACUCCUUGAUAUUUCUCAGGCUUGGGAAUCAUUCGAACGGAAGCUGAAAGAGAAACUCUCGACGUUGGGUAGCCACAGGAUACUAGGAGAUGUUACUAAUUUCGCUCCUGUGGCAGAAAGAAACACUGCAGCGGCUAUUGCCAAACGACGAACCGCCUCAAUGGACGAAUUUCUCAGGAGCCCAUCGAAGUAUAAAUCCGUUCCAGCUUUAUCGGUUUCAUUCUCAAAGACCCGCAGCCGAAACCAAGCAGGUACACGACAUGAAGAGCCCCAUGGUGAUCCAUCUGCUUGUCCCGACGUCCUCACUAUUCGUGUACCUCAACCAACGAGACCGCUGGACGUACUCCCUCAGGAUCUAGACUCGACUCCGACUUGA